AUGGGACCUGUGGGCUCAGACCUCAGAGGGGAACACUCCCAGCUUCAGGGGUCUCUGAGCCAAGCGUGCACCCUGAGCCUCCAUCAGGACAAGCUAAGUAAGAUGGAAGACGGGCAGGCGCUGGCUGGAGAACAGAGGGAAAUGCCACCUUUGGUGAACUCCCGCCUGGGGCCGACAUCUCUGUUCUAUCUGAAUGAUAUAGUGUGGAGGUGA